AUGGUAACGGAGACGGCUCAAGCGGCUAGACGGAGGCUCGACAGUGGCCCAAGGAUCGCGGGGGACGACGAGACGGUGUGGGACAAGCGGGAUGUGAAUGGGCUAGCACGUGAGGCUCACGGAAAGAAGCUCCAUCGAAUAGCAGAACUAGCACCCAAGACUACUGAAGUCUUUCCCCCAUCAAAGUACGAUGGAAAGAUCUUAUAUGAAGACAUCAUAGAAUCCACCGAGGCAUUUGAUGAGAUUUAUUGUAUUGGAAGGGGAGGCUGUGGAAGUGUCUUCAAGGCCAAAUUAAGAUCAGUGUAUGAGUACUUGGACAGAGGAAGCUUGUCUACGAUCUUGAGCAAUGAAGAAGAAGCUCAAGAGUUGGACCGGAACAAGAGGGUGAAUAUCAUAAAAGGCGUGGCAUAUGUUCUUUCUUAUAUGCAUCGUGAUUGUAACCCUCCAAUCAUUCAUCGAGAUAUUUCAAGUAACAACAUUCUGCUUGAUUCCGAGUACGAGGCGCAUAUUUCUGACUUCGGCAUAGCUAAGCUUCUUAAGCUGGAUACAUCAAACUGGACUUUAGUUGUCGACACAUAUGGUCGUGUAGCUCUAGAGCUUGCUUACACAAUGAAGGUGACAGAGAAAUGUGUUGUGUAUAGCUUUGGAAUAGUGGCCAUCGAGGUGAUCAAAGGAAGACAUCCAGGUGACAACAUUUCGUCUCUAGUAGCUCCAGUCGACGUAGAGAUCUAA